CAGCCAGCCACUCACACGCACGCGCACAGUGGCUGCCACGAAACAUCUCGCACAUGUUGCGAGGCGUCAACGACAAAAUUUCCCUCUUGGGGGCGUUUGGGUCGUGGUUGUCAAGAAGCAAAAGGCAACAGAAGAACACAAGAAACAGCACACAGACACCAACGCACCUUCUUUUCACUUGUUGACCCCCAACUCCAGCCAGCUGAACCAGACUUUGUUGUGCUCUCACCACCAUCAGCUCCCACCGGCCGCUGACUGACGGAGAAGAAAGGGAGGGCCAACAAGCAAGGAAGCAAGCGUUUGACGUCGAUUGCAUUCACUCGUUCACAGCUCAUUGCCGGCUUGGCAACCCCCCCCCCCACGCUCCUUACAAAGCAGGAAAGCAAGCAAGGCGCACGAUGAGCGACCCGCUGGACGCGAUUGACUCCAUGCCGAGCCCGGCAGCGGAGGUCACGGCGCUCAAGCAGCGCAUGGCUGUGAUGGAGCGCGAGCUGUCGCUGCGCGACGAGCGUAUCAAGUCUCUCGAGUCGGACCUGCGUGUGGCGCAGUACACCAUCCGCCAAAUGGAGGAGGAGGCCGCAUCCAACCUCAAGGCCGCACUGGAGGUGACCAAGGAGAAGAAGGAGAAGGAGAAGAAGAGCGGGGCCAAGAAGAAGGGCAAGGCAAAGCGCCGCCGCAAGAAGGGCGACAGAAGCAGCACAGGAUCGACAGCACAGCACGGGCAGGACGGCGAUCAACAGGAGGGAGAAGAGAUCACCUACGACAUGAUCGCACAACACUACCCAGACAUGAAGCUCUCCACCGUGCUCAGAGCCGAGCGGGUGUUCCAACAAGCAGACAUUGACGGAAACGGUCUCAUCGAUGUCACAGAGCUUGACAAGUGGUUGACGAAGCAAGACCUCAUCUUCAGUGUGAAUCAAGUCACCGCGUUGCUGUUGGACAUGGACAUCAACAAAGACGAUAGCAUCGACUUUCUGGAAUAUGUUGGCCUCAUCAACGAUCUGGAGGAUCCCGAGCGAUUCAAGGCAAAACAACAAAAACUUGCUCCAACAACAUCAGUGGCACUCAACUCCAUUCGGACGACCCUUCGUGGUGACCGUGCGUCAACUGAGGAACAGAGCAGCUCCGUCUGCUCCCUUCAAUAAGCAGCCCCACCUCUGAGUGUUGCGUCCCUUCUACCACUUCUUGAGUUCGCGUGGCUGGUUGGACACUUGUGUUUCCCCUCCUCUGUCUGCCUUCCACUUCUUCCGCUUCCCCGUCCCACGCGGCCCUUCCCCCUUUUGCCCCAGUGCGCCUGUUGUGCAACUGGGCAGUGACACCACUGGUUGGUGUUGUUGCUUCGGCUGUGUUGCAGGUCCUUCCGACCUGGUUCGAGUUGCGUCCCCCCAUGCACACCUCGUCACCAGUGCCUCAUCGGUUGAUAGUUGGGCUCUUUCAUGCCGUGCCUCUUUCUUGCAUCGCGGUGUUGGCUUUGCUGCUGUCGCUGCUGCUGCUGCUGUUGGUGACGUCAAUGGCGCUGUUUUUGCUGCGUUUUGGCGGUGCUCCAUUCGCAUUUGUGGUUCUCCCCCGCAUGCUCGUUGCCAUUCAUGCAUGUCCUGUCUGUCCCCUACGUAUACUCCCCUCCCCCACCUCGGUUCCCGUGUUUUGAGGUUUUGGUGCCUCUUGUUCCCGUGAUUAUGCUUGCUCGCUUGGUUUUUACCGUAUGAAGUGUCAUGACAUGCCUCUCGGGCUGACGUGAUGUGACCCCGUUUUUCUAUUGCGCAUAUCUGGUGAGAUGAUUUUUACACACGCAUACUUGUGCCAACGCAAAGGUAGUUGACACAGGUAGGAAGACAGGCAGACAAAC